AUGUCCCUUGCGCAACAACGGGCCGCAGACAUCGGAGACCGGUGCUCGUACAGAGGCCACUGCCGGUGGGAUCGUCUGACGGUCACCAUGAUGGCUCCGCGAACCCACCACGAGCAGCUGGCAACAUGCCUCGAAUUAAACACACCGGGUGCCGCAGAGGGCACCAGCAGCAGAGCGGCCUUCACGCGGCGGCGAAACAAAAAGAGUUUGGGAAGACUGUCCCUGGCCUGGCCGAACAGAAAUGGUCAAAGCGAAGGGUGGUGGGAGACAAACUACUACUCACACCCCUCAUCGCGGCUCGUGUCGAGAACGAGCAAUAAACAACCUCACGCGCAUCAUCAAACGCGCGGGCAGCAGCAUGAGAAGCAGAAACAGAGCACGAACGACAAGCCUGUAUUCACGCGGCGACACAAAGAAAGGGUUUGGGAAGGACGUUCUUGGCCGACGAGAGGCAACAAUCAACGGUACCAGGCCCGCAUCCACGUCCACGUCCCUUGCGUCUCGCUGCGUCCUGUGGACAGCUCCAUCAGCUCAAGGAAGACUAGCACUAUGCCACUUAUACUCGGUUCUUCUCCGUCUCUCUCUCUCUCACCGAAUCCGGACAAAAUGGCUAAGACCACGGGCGGUGGGGAGUUGUUGAACUACUCGCCUGUCACCAUGAAGGCUCGCUCGCGUCAAGGCCGACGAAGACGAUGAUGACCAUGGGGCGCGCGGGAACAAACUACCACUCCCACUCCCACUAUUCCUCGCGGCUCGCACCUACCGAGCACGCACGCGCAGAAAGAGCAGCAGCAGCGGGAAGAACAGGGGGGAGGGGAUUUCCAAACCCCAUACUUAUUCCCGCGUGGACAUACUAUCUAUCUAUCUAUCUAUCUGG